AAUUUUUUUUUUAUCUAUUAUUCUCCAGCGCCUACCUCGGCGUUUAAUUCUUUCUCGAAGAAACACCGCGAGUCAAUUUUUUUUUUCAGCACACGUUUGAUCCGUGACUUUCGUACCAUAUACGAAACCAACAACCUUUAUCCUCUCUACACUUUCUCGCUUUUUCCUUUCGCUAAUUUUUUUCAAUGGAAAAGCAGAAUUUAUUAUGAACGAAGGUCAAUUAGAUAUUACUGAAAUCCGGAUUAUCCGGGACGUGGGAAGGUGCAAAUUCCACGGAAGGUUUUGACAGCAUUCUGACAGCAAGAUGAUGGACCGACAAGAUACAGAAACGGACACUGAAGAAUGUUGCCCGACGCAGAGAUAUCACGAAGAACGACGGAAACAAGUGGAAUCGUAUCACGAUCUGAAACGUUGUCUAAAAUGCAAUCAACCACGAUCCGAGAUACCGCCAGAUUUGGUAAGGAGACGCGUGAGAAGAGCAAAAGAUCAAGUGCAACACUGUCCUUCUUGUCAUUGCCCUCCUGAAACCGUGAAGUAUUCGAUGGGAAGAACAAAUUGUUCCAAAAAUAUGGACGCCGUUUUGAACGAGUACGAGAAUUUAUUGACAAAUCCAACGAGUCAAACGUUCAAGAAGUCGCAGAGCAACACUUUAUCGCCGAGGCUGUACGGGGUAUCGGCUUGUAACGGAUCAGCGUACGCUCAUUAUCACUCGCGGAAAAGGCAGCCGAAUACUCAUCGACGCCAAUGCAGGAUCGAGCAGGAUCAAGUGCAUUCGAUCAUGAAGAAUAUAUUGCACUCGGGUGAAAACGAUAAUAUAUGUUACGAAUAUCCAAGAUCUAUGAAGAACAGUUACAAGAAGGAGAGUUAUUACAUGAGGGACGAGCAUCAUCAGUUGGGCGACCACGAGGACGCCGACUUGUUGUACACAAGGGGCAGAUUGAGAUUCAACUUGGCCGGUAAACACGGGAAUAGAAAGAAGAUGGAUUUGGAGGAAGGAGCGGAGGAAAAUCGGAACGUACAAGGGAAAAAGAAAAGCGACCCACUGCCGAAUAAACUUUCCAUCUUGAAAGGGUGCGCCUCGCAAACUUCGAAAACUAACGGGGAAGAAUUGCCCAAGCAUAAAAGUUUGGCAAUCGACACGAACGAUUACGCGAAGGAGGAAGAGUUGCCAAAGGAAGACGAGAACGCCCGGCCUGUCUGUAAACCGUGCCAACGAUCCACCACCCGGCAAGAUUCACCUUGCAGUCCUGGAAAAGAAUCGACGAGCAACACGGAGGAAACGAGAGAGGAUAGCUCGUAUUGCGAGUUGGCCGUUAAGGACGAGGAACAAGAUAUUCCAAAUAGGAAGAACACGUACGCUGGAGGGGAUUUAAAUCCUGAUUUUAAUCUUCGAGCGACUAAAAGUUACAUCAUUGGUCUAAUCGAUCGGGUUCUCAGCAAGAAAUUCGCCACUUCGCCGGGCCAGCAAAAGAAUACAGAAUCGAAUCGAGAAUUAACAGAGCAAGGAUACUCUGUGGAGAUAGUACGUGCGCUUCGCGGUGAUUGUUACGAAUUGUUCACAAAGGACGUGUCCAGCCAUCACGAGACACCGGCCGAAUGUAUAAAGCGUUUGAAAAACCUUCGGUGGCAGCACAUGCAACACAUUCAAAACGAGUUUAAAAAACUCUGCGAUCUUCAAAAGUUUCUGGACGAGUAUUCGCCGAGGGAGUCUCUGCUCACGUUUCAACCGAACACGGUCGAGCAACGGCCGGAGGAACGACAACCGCAGCAACAGCAACACGAGGAGAAGCAGAAUUUAGGAACGUGAUUGAUUGAUUUUUU